AUGUCCAGAUUGUGGCAUUUAACUGUUUUUGAAACGUCAACAAAUUUUUACAUCGUUGGUUCAGACGUCGAGAAAACUCGUUUUCGCUUACUGAAAAUUAGUCGCAAAGAAACACAGAAUUUGAAUAUCGUUGAAGUUGAGCAAGAUUAUACAAAGGAAGAUGUAAUGAAAUUUUUGUCGACAAGUCCCGAGGGAAAUCCCAUUGUUCUUGUUCAAAACAAAAGGCAAUCACUGGGUGUUGACCGAUGGAAAGGUUUGAUUGAGCGCGCAUCGAAUGCUUUUGGGUUACUUGGAGCUGUUCGAUUUCUCGAAGGAUACUAUUUAUUGAUUGUAACUAAAGCUCGUGUUGUUGCCACUAUAGGAUACCAUGAAAUUUAUAAAAUUGAAGAAGUUGCUCUUAUUUCAUUAGCAUCUGAAGGGAUUGCAGCAGACAAUCCAGAUGAACUGCGCUAUCUGAAGUUAUUUCAAUCUGUGGAUUUAUCAACAGAUUUUUACUUUUCGUACGCAUAUGUCUUGAGUCGAACACUGCAAGAAAAUGCAUUGGGUGUAUCCAAUUGGUCCAGAUGUGAUCAGACGGAUAAGACUUAUCAGUUGGGUCGUGAUUCGAAAUUUAUUUGGAAUAAUUAUUUGUUAGAGCCACUACGUGAAAAUUUGGUGACUAAUCAGUGGCUGAUUGAAAUCGUUCAUGGAUAUAUUGGUCAGCAAAUAAUUGAAUUGCCCUGCUCACGGCUGUCAUUAACGUUAAUUGGACGUCGUUCUGCAGAAUAUGCUGGUACAAGAUAUCUUAAACGAGGUGCUAAUUUCAGAGGUCAAGUAGCAAAUGAUGUUGAAACAGAACAAAUCAUUUGGGAUAUGCGCUCUUCACCCAAUUUCAAAGUUGGAAAGUUCAGCUCUUUUGUACAACGUCGAGGAUCCGUACCACUUAUUUGGAGCCAAGAUCCAGCUACUCGUGGUGUUGUUGGCAAACCCGUCAUAUCCAUUGAUAUCAACGAACCACAUGCUCAAACUGCAGCAGCUCAUUUUCGUGAGUUACGAAAAAAAUAUGGAAGUCCCAUUACUGUCAUGAAUUUGGUCAAACGACGGGAGAAAAGAAGACAUGAAACCUUGCUGCAUGAUCAGUUUCUUAAAGCAGUUAACUAUUUAAACUUGUUCUUACCAAAGACAGAACGAAUUGCAUAUUUAAGCUUUGAUGUAGCUCGUUGUCAUAAAACUGGAAAUGUCUUGAGCAAGCUGGACGAAAUAGGCUUUCGGUGUGUUCUUCGACAUGGGUGGUUUCAGACAUAUCCUUCUGUGUACUGUCACAAAUUGAGACCGAAUUCAUUACUUAAUGAAUUUGAGCCUUUGAUUAGUGAGGAUGGCAGAUUUCUACUGCAGCGUGGAAUUUUUAGAACUAACUGUGUGGACUGCUUGGAUAGGACGAAUGUUACUCAAUUUGCAAUUGGCAAAGUAUCACUUGGACUUCAAUUAUAUUCGAUGGGUUUUGUUGGGGAGCCUGUGCUUUCACCGUCAAGUGAGGUUUGUCGAAUUUAUGAAGAUUUAAUGGAUCAGCAUGGUGAUACUUUAGCAUUGCAGUAUGCUGGAUCUCAGUUGGUACAUUCCAUCAAAACUUAUAAGAAAAUUUCGGUCAUACAGGAAAGGAGUCGUGAUGUUAUUCAAACUCUGUCGAGGUAUUACAGCAAUACUUUUGGUGAUUACGACAAGCAAAAUGCAAUUAACUUGUUUUUAGGCGUUUUCAGACCUAGUAAAGCAAAUAUUAACUUAUGGGAUCUUGGAACUGACCAUUAUCUUCAUUUUCCUACUGAUUUCAAGAUGAAAGCGGAUUACUGUGCAUGGUUUAUCGAUUCCGAUGUUUUAGAAAGCUGUUUUGAUUGCAAGGAUUAUAAUCAUUUAACUAAUGGUAAUACAUUUUCUAAAACACCUUCAAUAUCUUGUUGUCAGUAUCCUGUCUCGAUGGAUGAACUUUAUUAUGUACAUUAUCGUUUGUGGGAACUUACAAAACUGGAUGAUUUAAUUCGUGAUCAGAAAGAUCUACAAAAAUCUGUCACUGUCGAUGGUGUGAAUCAAAGCGUUGCACAAGGGUAUAGCUUUGCUAAACUCUGGAAGCAAAAUGCAACAGACAAAAUUAGUGUGAAGCAAGCGAAAACUACAUUAUCUGAUGAUUAUGAUGAAGAGGAUGAGCCAUUGUUAAAAUCUGAUACAGAAGCACAUUACGAAUGCGGCCGUAAAGCAAUAAGUUUUGGUAUAUUGUCAACCAGAGAAGCGUAUGGAUUUGAAAUUAAGCAGCCUAGUGAAUCUGAUAUGGCAAAAUAUGUGAAAUAUGCACAGCUUGACGGUUGCACUGUCAGUAAGGAUUUGUGCUCGCCGGGAAUGCCGAAACGACUAAAUGAUUUGUCGCACUCAGCAGUUCUUAAUUACAGUAAUUUGGAACCAACUUCAUUUUUCACAUCUGAUAGUAUUUAUUCGACUUACCUUUCGCCUGUUUCAAAAUCCUCAAUGAAAAUUUUUAUGCAAACUAUUGACUGCGCUCAGCAUGGCCCCACAAAUCCUUCACAAACUGAUAUGGAAAAAUAUAAGAAUUAUGCUCAUGACAAAUGCGAAUUGUGUUCGUGA